CUAGUAUAGUAAUAUUUAAGUCUAAAAAGUUAAUAUUUAUUAUCUUAAAUAGGGUCGGCCUCUUAAAUGUAAAGCAAACAUAGUUCUGAUUGCACUAUAAAAAGUUAAACGAAUAAAUAUUUGUCAAUAAAAUCAAUCGCGAAUAGUAAUCGAUUUUUGAAGAAAUUUCAAUACUUAUAAAUUGGCUUGUACAAACAUUCAUUGUUUUUUAUAUGACCUUAUUGCAUAAUACACCUAUGAAGUAUCUAUACUAUCUAUCUGAAAGUGCACGCGUUAAAUGUUGUUAAAUUACAACGUAUAUAAAAAUUGUAAAGGGGACAAUUUGAUUGAUAUCAUUAAAGAUAAAUCAAACCAACGAAGCAAAUCGUCAUACUAAACAAUUUUAUUAGGAAUAAUUUUUUCGCCUUGUUAAUUUUUUAUAACUGAGGUAAAUGCGCAGUUUUUAUUGUCACUCAUUGUCAGCUUUUAUUCUAAAAGAAAAAUAUUUCUACAGUGAUGGGGGAAUAUUAAUAGUAAGAGAAAAUUAUUAUAUUAUUGUUAUUGUCAUUUCUAAGCGCGAUCCAUAUGAUUUUAUGAGAGAGCAGUUGAAAUAUAAAAAUUAAAUAAACAUGGUGCAAGUUUUAUGCAAAUCAACUUUAAUUUUAUUGAUAAUUACAUGCAACACAUCUGCCCAGUUAAUAAGACCUUUAAAUGUUUAUAAAAACAUUAUAGAAGGAAUACAUUUAUAUUUUAACAAUACAUGCAUUAUUUUAUUACACACUAUCCAACAUCCAAUGGAAACACAAGCUUUACACGAAGCUGGUUAUCUAAAAGAUCUUCAACUUUAUCUCAGUCAACUUUACAUACGUACAGCUACAAUGAAUCUACAUACAUUAAAAACUGAUAUAGGAAUUGGUUACUUCAAUUUGAAACGGCCUCUUUUUGUUCUGUUGAAUGAUUCUGAUGAACUCAAGAUUGAAUUUGCUCAUGAAAUUUCACCUUGGAUAUCAAUGGCUUAUCCCACUUGGAUAAUUUUCUUUCGAGAAAAUACAACAAUUGAUUUUUUUUUUAAAAACAUCUAUAUACCUUUUGACUGCAUAUUUUUGGUAGUUGAAAAAAAAGGUGAUAGUGAUAAUGAAGCAACAUUAUCAGAAAUUUAUCAAAUCGAUAAAGAAAGAGAAUUGAGAAUAUCUGUCUUUGGAUAUUGGAAUUUGCAAUUUGGAGUGACAACACCAAACCUCGGGUUGUACCAACGAAGGGGUGAUUUAUUCGGACAUAAUAUUCGUGUGUCGUCAAUUGAGGAUCCUCCUGUAUCUUUGAUUAUUCGUAAUCAGUUUGGACAAAUGGUAGGAUUAAAUGGAUUUUUUGGAAAAGUUGUUUCUCUUUUGGAACAUGGUAUGAAUUGCACAUUUACCUAUAAAGAAGCUCACAAUUGGGGACUACGCAUGAACAAUGGAUCUUGGAUAGGUGCAAUUGGAAUGUUAACAAGAAAUGAAGUUGAUUUAAUAGCAGCUGAAUUAAUGAUGGCCACAGAUAGACUAGAGGACGUUGAGUAUACAACUCCUGUAUAUACAACAAAGUGUCGAACUUAUAUAAAGAGACCUUCCUUUACUGUUGUUAAAUGGAAGGCCUAUACAGCUCCAUUUCAAUCUGGUAUUUGGUAUUCACUUGGAAUUCUCAUUAUAGUUUCAAGUGCUUCGAUUUCCUUUGUGAAAGCCGUUACAAAAAAUAAAAUUGAUAAACAAAUGAAGAAUCGAUUAACAUUUUCGGAGACAACAUUCCUUGUUUUUGGAGCUUUCUGUAGUCAAGGAAUGGACCCCAGCGCAUUGGAUACAGUGAUGAUUAUACAAUUAGUUGUUCAUGUGACAGCUGUUGUUAUUCUUGCCGCUUAUUCUGCUGCAUUAAUUAGUUUCUUAGCAGUAAAAGUUUUUAUAAUGCCAUUUACCACAAUGGAAGGACUAUUAAAAGAUGGAACAUACAAAUUUGGAGUCAUUGCUAAUUCAGCUGAUUUUAGCUUUUUUCAAAACACAUCAGAUAAGAUUCUCCAAGUAAUGUUUGAAGAAAUACUUGAUCAUGACGAAUUACCACCUAAUUAUUAUGAGGGUUUAAAAAAAGUUUGUGAAGAAGAAAAUUAUGCUUUCAUGGCAAUGGAUAAUAUGGUUGCUGUUUUGCAACCAAAAGUAAAUUGUAUCCUUGAACCUUUGGAUGUCAUGAUGCAAACAACUAUUGGAAUGGCUGUUCGAAAAUGGAGCCCAUACAAAGGAAUAAUUAACAGCAAUCUUCUCAUGAUGAGGGACAGUGGAAUUCUUCAGCGAUUAUUUAGUAUCGAAUGGGUUGUGCAACCUGCAAAGAAUAAAGAUGGUUGGACUUCAGUAGAAAUGAUUGAUAUUCUACCUUUAAUUUUAUUAUUAGGAGGUGGAUUAUUUUUAGCAGGUUUAUUAUUAUCCGUUGAAAAAACUGUCAGUAAUAAUUUACACUACUUUGAAAAAGAUAAAAAAAGUCACAAGAUACAAAUUGAUAAGUCCAAUUAAGAUUUUUCUCGUCGUAUAAUAUUAUUAUCGUCGUAUUUUAGUGUGUAGUAUUUCUGAUUGUUAUAUAUGUCUAAUCGCAUUUAGAUAAAUGUUUAUUUCUCUGCACUUAUUAAAUUUUUUUCAUGUUGAAUUAUUAUUUCUAAAAGGAAU